GUUUAGCAGAGAUUUGCAGAGGUCCAGAGGGCAGAUCUAUCUCUUAAAUCUCAUUGGUUUGGUAUCCGUCAAUCGCUUUAAUCUGGAAAGCCUACGAAAGCCCUGGUAGGAAGUAGAUCCCAGCAUGGAGGACUGCAUUGAGGUCAUUCUCGAGGAGCACAGCGGCAGGUGGUUCAACCAUCAGCAGUCCGGCCCCAGCGUCCCCUUACUGAUCGGAUCUGCCUUCUCCGGUGUCUACGGACUCUGGGCCAUGUUCUGCAUGCCUGGACUCAGAGUCCCCUUCAGACUGAAGGUGCCGUUUUUACCUUCGACGACAGAGCAAACCCUAAACGUCCUCAAGCUUCUAGAAGGACGCAAGGGCCGCCUGGCCGACCUGGGAUCAGGCGAUGGACGUUUGGUUUUUGCAGCGUCGUCAAUGGGGUUUCAAUGCACAGGUUUUGAAAUAAACUCCAUAUUAUUAGCCUACUCCAAGAGCAGAGCAAGGCGGCGCGGGGUACCACGCGCUGAUAUCCAUUUCAUCAAACAGGACUUCUGGAAGAGCGAUCUGUCCAAAUACACAAACGUGACUGUGUUUCUGGCCCCUGCGGUGAUGGGGGUUCUGGAAGAGAAGUUGUUAAAGGAACUUCCCGAGGAUGCCAGAGUCAUUGUGUGCCGUUUCCCUUUUCCUCGCUGGCCCCACAGCCGCUCUGCUGGAUCUGGAUUAAACCAGGUCUGGGCUUACGAUGUCCACGCCGCUAGACAACCGUCCAGAACAUCUCCUGACCGAUCGCAGGCAUGAACCAGCCCGAAACACGCCACGUGCAACUCAGAAAUCAAGAUAUUUUGCUCUUUAUAGAAGGCUUGCAUAAAAGAUGACGUACGACUGUCAAACCAAUACUUUUCCAAAGCAAGCUGAAGUAUGUAAUGCGUGAUGUUUAAUAAAUCGUUGCACUGUU